AUGGCUAAAUAUUCCUUCAAAUUAAGAGUUGGUCUGCUCCUCUGUUUGCUGUUUCUAGUGUUUGAGCCGAGAAUGAGUUUGGCGGCGUAUUCAGGAUAUGUUGAGACGAAAGGGACACAGUUUGUGUUAAACGAUUCCCCUUUUAUAUUCAACGGAUUCAAUGCUUAUUGGAUGAUGCACGUUGCAUCACAGCCGAACCAAAGGGAGAAAGUGUCCAACGUAUUCCGAGAGGCAGCAAAUGCUGGUCUAACCGUGUGCCGAACAUGGGCUUUCAGUGAUGGAGGAGAUGAAGCUCUUCAGAUAUCACCCGGAGUCUACAAUGAAUAUGUAUUUCAGAGUAAAGCUUCUGCCCAGGUUCCAAUCUCGCGCAGAGAGCAAGGAAGGAAGAAGACGAAGGCAUACAUAGAAUCGAAAAGAAAAUCACUUCUCAAAGGAGCUAUCAAGAUUCAAGCUUCAGUGGAAAGAGUAUUUUCGGCUAUGAAUCUCGUGAAGAAUCCACUCCGCAAUAGAAUGGGAGAUCAAUGGAUGGAUGAUAGUUUACUUGUUUAUAUUGAGAAAGAUGUAUUUAAUAGCAUUAGCAAUGAUGCUAUAAUGCAUCGAUUUCAAAAUAUGAAAUCGCGUCGUGGACAUAUUUAUUUUUUCAUAUUGCCCUGGCUGGGAAAAAAUUCUGUAUCCGCCGCUGCCGCCAAGUACAAAAUACGGUUGAUUCUAAGUUUGAGCAACAAUUACCAAGAUUUUGGAGGGAGAGCUCAGUACGUGAGGUGGGCGAAAAAUGCUGGAGCUCAAACCAAAAGUGACGAUGAUUUCUAUACCAACGAGCUUGUAAAGGAAUACUACAAAAGACAUGUUCAGAGAGUACUUAACAGAAUCAACACCAUUACUGGAGCUGCGUAUAAAGAUGAUCCGAUCAUCAUGGCCUGGGAACUCAUAAACGAGCCUCGUUGCCAGGCUGACUACUCUGGAGACACUGUGAAUGCUUGGGUACAAGAAAUGGCCUCACACGUCAAAUCCAUCGACAGUAAGCACCUUCUAGAAGUUGGCAUGGAAGGUUUCUAUGGAGACUCGUUUCCCGACAGAAAGCAGUACAAUCCGGGCUAUCAAGUCGGCACGGAUUUUAUCACUACCAAUCUUAUAGAGGAGAUUGAUUUCACCACUAUCCAUGCAUAUCCUGAUGCCUGGCUAUCGUCACAAGACGAUGAUACCCAGAUGGUAUUCAUGAGAAGAUGGAUGACGAGCCACUGGCGAGACUCCAAGACCCUCUUGAGAAAACCCAUGGUUUUCACCGAAUUUGGAAAGUCGUGUAAAGAUAAAGGAUUCAGCAUAGCAUCAAGAGACUCGUACAUGAAUGCGGUUUAUAGUAGCCUCUACAGCUUCGCGAGGGGUGGAGGGAUUGGUGGAGGAUUAGUCUGGCAGAUUCUGGACGUGGGAAUGGAAUCUUAUGCCGAUGGCUAUGAGAUUGUACUUUCUGAUAGUCCAUCGACAUCCUCCAUUAUCAGCCAGCAAUCGAGGCAGAUGACUGCUCUACAACACAUGAUGAGCAAGCCAUGAAUAUGAUAUGAUGCUGAUUAUGCUAUUUUCCUUGUUCUUAAUUUCCUCGAAUAUAGAGAUAAUAGGAAGAUUAUUGACUUGAUAAAAGUGUUAUAUGAUUUUAUGAGUACCAAAAAACAGUUGUGGUAGAUGAUGAUGAUGAUGAUGAUGACCCAGCAGCUGCAUUUUAGCACU